AUGCGUUCUACAUUAGCACUGGUUCGAGCAUCAUACUCGCAUUCUAUCAAGACAGCGUCAAUUCGCCCCAUGUUGAGCUUGAGUCAACGAGGCAUUCACAACCAAACCAAAGUCGAAAGUGCAUCAUGCUCUAUCAGCAAUUCAGCCACUUCCUCCAAUCCACCUUUAUCCUUCCCCUGUAUCGACAAAUUAAACUCACGUACAAUGGAACUUGACAGCGGACCUGAACCCAGUUAUGACAAUAUCGUUACUGGAUACGAGAAGUUUGAGUAUCCUCAUCCAUUUCUGCUUGAUCACGGAGGUAUUUUACCCAAGUUUGAUAUUGCGUACGAGACGUGGGGCACAUUGAACGAGAAGAAGGACAAUGCCAUUUUGAUCCACACUGGCCUCUCUGCUUCAUCUCACGCCAAAUCACAUGCAAAAAAUACAAAGCCUGGAUGGUGGGAAGACUUUAUCGGUCCUGGUGCCAAUAUCGAUACCAACAAAUUCUUUGUUAUUUGUACAAACGCUAUCGGUGGUUGUUAUGGUUCCACUGGGCCUAGCUCCAUUGAUCCCGCUGAUGGAGACCGCUAUGCAACCAGAUUUCCCAUUGUCACUAUUUUCGACAUGAUCAGAGCUCAAUUCAAGCUGUUGGAUCAUCUUGGCAUUGAGAAAUUGCAUGCAAGUGUGGGCAGUAGUAUGGGUGGUAUGCAGUCUAUUGCUGCUGCAAAAUUGUUUCCAGAGCGUGUGAAAAGACUCAUUUCGAUUUCAGCUUGUGCAAGAUCACAUCCUUACUCCAUUGCUCUUCGCCACACACAGCGUCAAGUCUUGAUGGCUGAUCCUAAUUGGAACAAGGGCUUUUACUACAAGAGUAUUCCUCCUCACGUAGGCAUGAAACUUGCUCGAGAGAUCGCCACCAUCAGUUAUCGUUCUGGACCUGAAUGGGAGCUUCGAUUUGGUCGUAAGAGAGCUAAUGAGAACCAGUCUCCCGCUCUGUGCCCUGAUUUCUUGAUCGAGACUUACUUGGAUCACCAAGGCGAGCGAUUCUGUUUGCAAUACGACCCCAAUUCACUCUUGUACAUUUCAAAGGCUAUGGAUAUGUUUGAUAUGUCUCGUUCAGAAAUGGAGAAGCUGCAAAACCAGAGGGAACACAAUUUACCUAAAGUAGAAGAGAUCUUGAAGCGUCGUCAGCAACUCGAGCGCCCUGAGGAGGAGGAUGCCCGUAUUAUGGCAGAGGCUUGUAGAUCUGUGAUGGGAACGCAAUCGGCAUUGGAGGGCAAGCAGGAAAAGGAGGAACAAGUGCCAAAGAAGUCAGCUGGAAAGAAGAGAUUGACCACACUCUCCUCUGAUCCUGCAACGCAGGAUUUAGUGGAAGGCAUGAAGGGCAUCACUAUGCCUACCUUGGUGUUGGGCGUUCAAUCUGACAUCUUGUUCCCUGUGUGGCAGCAAAAGGAGAUUGCUGAAUGCCUUCGUGCUUCUGGAAACAACCGAGUUACCUAUUACGAACUGGAUGCCAUGUUUGGCCAUGAUACAUUUUUGAUUGAUCGAGUGAGCGUUGGUGGUGCUAUCAAGGGCCAUCUCGAGUUAUUGGACGAAGACACUGCCUAA